AGUACACCGAGAAGCUUCUUUUUAUAAAUCAGUUCUGAGAACAUCUGAGAGAUUUUAUUUUGUCUUCAAUUGUGUUUGCAAUUCCUUUAAAGAAGCAUGUGCACAGGAGGCUGUGCCAAAUGCCUGGGAAGCACUCUUAUCCCCCUGGCCGUGCUCUGCACCCUUGCUAACAUUUUGUUGUUUUUCCCUGGAGGAAAAGUGGUUGAUGACAGUGCACACAUUACAAAUGAAGUUUGGUACUUUGGAGGGAUCUUGGGAUCGGGUGUAUUGAUGAUUUUCCCUUCCCUGGUGUUUUUGGGCCUUCAGAAUAAUGAUUGCUGUGGAUGCUGUGGUAAUCGGAGCUGUGGAAAGAGGUUUGCGAUGUUCUCUUCUAUAAUAUUUGCUGCCAUUGGAGUUCUGGGAGCUGGAUACUGUUUUAUUUUGUCAGCAGUAGCCAUAAACAAAGGCCCUAAAUGUAACAAUGGCGAAAACUGGACCUACCCUUUCCAGGAUGGUGAUUACCUUGCUGACCAUGCAUUGUGGGACCUGUGUAAUUCACCUGAGAAUAUUGUGCCGUGGCACCUGACCCUCUUCUCCUUGCUGCUGGUCAUGAGCGGGAUCCAGGGAGUGCUCUGUGGCAUUCAGAUGGUGAAUGGCCUGUUUGGAACCCUCUGUGGGGACUGCAAAGGCUGCGGAUGUUGUGGGGGAGAUGGAACUGUCUAAUGAACAGGAAUAUUGCAGACAACUCUCCUCACCCUGGGAGGAUCCCCUCUGCAGCCACUCCACAAAGCAGCCCUCAGAUGCACUGGCUCUGGCUAAGAAGGUGAGAAUGAAGGGCUUUUCCUCCCACCAGUGUUAUAAAGCCCUGACUCCCUUUCCAGCCUUCCUGAA